AUGUCACGGGUUCUUGAGUCGCUGAUAAAAUCUCAAAAGUACAUUUCUGCUCAAUCGUUCAAGGAGAUUGUUGCAGCCGGUCUACCUAGUAACAUUGUUCCAAUUGAUGCUACCUGGUAUUUGCCCAAUGCUGGUAGAAAUGGAUACGAAGAAUUCAAGCAGGAAAGGAUCCCUGGAUCAGUUUUUCUAGACAUUGAUGAGGUAAAGGACGAGGCUUCUCCUUAUCCACAUAUGAUGCCAGAUAAGAAAACUUUUGACCGUUCAUUGUGUAAGACCAUCUUAUUAUUAGAUAAAUAUCAGAGCAGCAACUAA